ACAAAAAAAUAUUACUGUUCAAAAACAUUUGUCUGGUAGUGUGUAUGUAUUUAUAAGACCAUUAAAUUUCUUAUAAAAUAAAACUGUCCAAGAAUCUACGAUUUGAAAGACUGCGGAUUACUACAGAUUAUUACAGUUUGUAAUAGUUUUAUUUACAUUUCAUUCACUGCAACACAAAACAGCAGAACGGCCUGAAUUAGAUGAUCAACUUCAAAUGUAAACUUUCUUUAGUCCAAGGUUUGUAGCAUGCAUUUUGCACUCUGAAAGAAGAGUGAGAGCAAAAAUAAGUGAUAUAGGAUAUUUGUUUUCUCUGAGUGUUGACCAGAAAGUACAGAAAUCCUUCUAUUUUCUAUCAAAAUGAAUCACAUUACUGAAUGCGAGUGAAGCAGAGUCAAUGAGUAUAUGAACUUUAAAAAAAUAUGAAACAGAGGCUGUAUAACAAACUCUACAAUAAUCUCUAAAUAUAUAUUUAUAUGUCUUUCUUUCUUGAAUAAAUACAAGUUUUAAAAAUAAAUGUGUAAUUAUUUAUACAUGGUAAGAUUUGUAAAAUUUGAGAAUGUGUGAAUUUGUAGGUUGUAUUUUUGUGAUGGGUUGAAAAACCACAAUGCAUUCCUACAAGACAAUGCGUGGGCAUCUUGCUGAAGCCUCUCUGCUGUUAUCUGAACCCUGUGUGGUUAGAUCAGAGUAAAGAGAUGCAUACACAGGAAGUUACAGAUGAGGGUCCCAUGAAACAGACUCAACACCUGCUCACUUGUCCAUUCACUGCAGGGACACAAUGACAUAAACAACACUGAAAACAUUUAAAUGAUACAUUUACAGAAAUAGAGCACACAAACAUAUUUUUGCGUAUACAGUACUGUGGGCGUGCAUUGACAUACAUAUUGUUCCCAUCCCUACAGAUCCUAAAUAAGCCAACUUGCUGGCGUUAUGAUUUGUUGACCGUAAAUAAAAGCACACACAAUAUACAGAAUUAAUGAUAUUCCUACUGGUGUGAUGGAUAACAUUUAGUCUCAUCUGGUUAAUUAUUUACGGAGCUAAAUUACUUCGUAGCCAAGUUUGUAAAUAUCAUUCAAUCUUGUUAGAUUUGUAAAUUUGUAAUAUAGUCAAAAAUCAGUUUACAUAUCACAUAAUUCUUGAUGCUCAGGACACAGGACAUUUAUUUUAGUGAUGUCUUUCUCCCUAUGUAAAGCAAUUGAUUUGAUGUAUUUUUAGAAUGCAAUUUUAACUCGACAUUGCAUUUAUUUGUAUUUGAAGUGCAGAGUGGUAAAAUGUCUCAGACUUAGUAAGCGGGCGAAGGUGUAGGCGUUGUGCAUUGGCCGUUCUUCUCUCACCAUGCUGCUCUCUUCAUCUCACACCCGUGUGGUUAGAUCAAAACAAGUGCAUUCAGAAUUACAUCAGAUUGUCAGAUGUCUAGAGUCAACUGGCAAGAAGAACACCUGCUCAGUCUGCAUUGACCUUUUUGGAUACAAAUCUGUAGAUCUGUGCAACACAGAGAAAGUCACACCAAUGCAGAGCAGCAGUGACUUUGUGGAAGAAAUAUGAAAUAUAUGAACUGGAGAUAUCAAACCUCUAUCACUCAGGAGCUCUUAUCUGUGUUAGCAAUACCACAUCAACAUGUCCUCUGAGUUCAUUAAUCAGUGUUAUGUCUUGACAAUAACAUCAUAUAUCGAGUAACAAAUGGUGACAGGCCUUGGCUGACUGACACAUAGUAUUUCCAAGUUAAAGAAACCCCAUUUCCUGAAACAUUUCUUGGCAACAUGUUUCCCAAAAUGAUCAUGACCAAUAUAACUAAUUAGCACCCUCAAGAGCCCCAGGCCACUGAUAAACAUAAUACACAAUAUAAACAGGUCUUUUCAUCUUCAGUAGCAGGCCUAGCUUUUGCGCAAGUGAUUUAUAUAGGCACUGAAGAUCCACCCACUGGAGAUUUAUGUUUUUUUCUUUCUUGUUUUGUUUCUCCUUGCAGGCCGUUUCCAGUCAAACCGAGAGACGUUUUAUUGCAUGAUUGCCUUGUUAAGUUAAAAGUGGUACUUUAGAUAUUUUUUCUAGAGGCUUGAAAAUAUAAACAUGGGUACUUGGACGCAUUUUUGGAUGCUGUUAUAUUCUUGCUUUUUUGCUUCACACACUACUUACUCGUUCGUCUUGAAACAAUCACCGGGAUUCACACACGUCUCAGUUGGUGGUUCUGCAGAAUUAAAAUGUAUAUUUGAGCAGACCGUUAGGUACUGCUAUACAGAUGCUGCAUGGCAAAAGUUGAAUCUACGGACUGGAAAACUCACGACAGUGGAUACUAUCCAUGAGAAUACAAUUAAAAAACAUGAUGAUAAAACUUGCGUUUUGACUCUAAAUAAAUUAACCAAGAAAGAUUCAGGCAUGUACUACUGCUUUAGCCAUUACAACCAAAUGGCUGUGAUCGGCAAUGGGACCAGGGUGAUCGUAACAGAUCACUCUGAACCAGAACUCUCCAUCUUAUACUCACAACAUGAACCGGACUCACCAUCGGUAUCGCUGCAGUGUCUUGUGACUGCACUUGUCCCGUCUCAGGUGCGCGUGUUCUGGAUGAUUAGAGAGAAAGAGUAUUCUGGAUGGUCCGAGUCCGCCUGGACAGACGACACUGAUUCAGCCACAGAAUUCACACGGGCUCAUCUCUCUGUUCCUGUAGAGGAGUGGACCAAAGCCGAAGAAAUUCACUGCUUUGCUGAAUAUGAUGGCAAAACUAUCUCCAAAACUCUGAUGCGAAGCGGACUCGAACCUGAAAUCCACUCGUGGCUUGUGUACGCCGGCUGUGUGGCAGCGGUCCUUACCAUACUUGUAACUGUCAUUAUGUCUGUGGUAUUAUACCGAGAUAUUGUGAUGACCAGAAAAUCUAAACGGCUCACAAGAAAAGAUGCCCACCGCAAAUUUUCAUAUGGAAAACAGAACACACUGAAAGAAGAGAGUUCAUCUGUUAUGGUAAAAGACAGAAAUGAAGAUGGUGAAGUGGAUCACUAAACUUUUUUUUUCCUGCAUGUGUCUUAUGAAGGACUGUUUUUGCUUUGUAUCAGAACAUCUGUUACUUAAAUAAUAAUCAAGCUUCACAUAUGUCAUACAAUAUGAACAAAGUUUGAUGUAGCAAUAUUUAAUUUAUUGACAAAAAAGUUCUAAGUACAUGGUUAAUGAAGCAAUGUUUAAGCAAAAUUGUUUUGCUUGUAUUGUUCAUGAAACUUAUUUGAGAGUGUGAUGCAGGGUGUGUAACUUUUAUUGGUGAUACUGUUAAAAGUUUAGCAUUUGUUAAGUACCUGAACUAAAAAAAAGGCAAGUAAAUAAAUAAAAAAUAAAUGGUAAUGAAAAGUGGUAGCUAUAUUAAAUAUGGGACUUGUGCUAUUUUCAGUAUGAUAGUAUAACUGAUAACUGAACGCAGGAACUACAGUUCAAAUGUGUAAAAUAGAAUAUUUAGUAAUGAUGGUUUAAAUUUUGACCUGUUCCUCAGUUUUUGUCUUCAGAUGUUUAGCAUUUUGUAUCACUUGCUUUAAUUUUGCUUUUUGUCCUCUUUGGAGCUUGACAGAAGUGGUCAUGCACGUCAGUGAAUUAAAAAAAGAAAUGUUCAGAGUCUUUAAAAGUGUCCUUUUUUUUUUAUUACAUGCCUCUUCUGACUGGUCAGUUGUGACAUUGAGUGGUCAAAUAUUUAUUCAUUAUUCAUUAUCAUUUUUAAAUGGCCAAAUACCAGAAAUAAUGGAGCAAACUGUUCCUUCAAGCAAAUACACAACAGAUAAAAUAAUCUUAAGAGUG